CUUGGUGACAACAAUGGACAGAGGAACGAGGCACCAGGAGGGUUUGUAAAGGGUCCUUCGUGUGAUCACAGACUUCGAAUGGCCUUCUGAACUAAUAUGACAGAUACCUAGCAUCUAGCAAAAGGAUGGCAGCUGCUUACCUUGACCCAAACUUGAAUCACACACCAAAUUCCAGUGCUAAGACUCACCUGGGCCCUGGGAUGGAGCGCUCCCCAGGGGCCAUGGAGCGAGUGCUAAAGGUCUUUCAUUAUUUUGAAAGCAACAGUGAGCCAACCACGUGGGCCAGUAUUAUCAGACAUGGAGAUGCUACCGACGUCAGGGGCAUCAUCCAGAAGAUCGUGGACAGCCACAAAGUCAAGCACGUGGCCUGCUACGGGUUCCGCCUCAGCCAUCUGCAGUCGGAGGAGGUGCACUGGCUCCACCUGGACAUGGGGGUCUCCAACGUGAGGGAGAAGUACGAGCUCGCACACCCCCCAGAGGAGUGGAAGUAUGAACUGAGGAUUCGUUAUUUGCCGGAAGAAUUUCUGCAGCAGUUCACAGAAGACAAGCCAACGCUGCAUUUCUUCUACCAGCAGGUGAAGAGUGAUUACAUGCUGGGGAUAGCCGACCAAGUGGACCAGGACACCGCUCUGAAGUUGGGGUGCCUGGAAAUACGACGCUCAUACGGGGAGAUGCGGGGCAAUGCGCUGGAGAAGAAGUCCAACUACGAAGUGCUGGAAAAAGAUGUUGGUUUAAAGCGGUUUUUCCCUAAGAGUUUACUGGAUUCUGUCAAGGCCAGAACGCUCCGGAAACUGAUCCAGCAAACGUUUAGACAAUUUGCCAACCUGAACAGAGAAGAGAGUAUUCUGAAAUUCUUUGAGAUCCUCUCCCCGGUGUACAGAUUCGACAAGGAAUGCUUCAAGUGUGCCCUUGGUUCAAGCUGGGUCAUCUCGGUGGAGCUGGCCAUCGGCCCGGAGGACGGCAUCAGUUACCUGACGGACAAGGGCUGCAAUCCUACACACCUGGCCGACUUUACCCAAGUGCAGACCAUCCAGUAUUCCAACAGCGAGGACAAGGACCGGAAAGGAAUGCUGCAGCUGAAGAUCGCAGGUGCCCCCGAGCCUCUGACAGUGACGGCCCCAUCCUUAACCAUUGCAGAGAACAUGGCCGACUUGAUCGACGGCUACUGCCGGCUGGUGAACGGAGCCACCCAGUCUUUCAUCAUCAGACCCCAGAAAGAAGGCGAGCGGGCUCUGCCAUCGAUACCAAAGCUCGCCAACAGCGAGAAGCAGGGCAUGCGCACCCACGCUGUCUCCGUGUCAGGAACCAGCCACAGCCAGCACAGAGUUAGGAAAGCGAGGCGGUUUCUGCCCCUGGUCUUCUGUUCCCACGAGCCUCCUCCUCCGGAUGAAAUUAGUGGGGACGAGACAGACGACUACGCGGAGAUCAUCGAUGAAGAGGACACAUACACCAUGCCCUCCAAAAGCUAUGGAAUAGAUGAAGCCAGGGACUAUGAGAUCCAGAGAGAAAGAAUAGAACUGGGACGGUGUAUUGGAGAAGGCCAGUUUGGAGACGUGCACCAAGGCGUUUAUAUAAGUCCGGAGAACCCAGCUUUGGCGGUUGCAAUUAAAACCUGUAAAAACUGUACUUCGGACAGCGUCAGAGAGAAGUUCCUUCAAGAAGCCUUAACCAUGCGGCAGUUCGACCACCCUCACAUUGUCAAGCUGAUCGGCGUCAUAACGGAGAACCCCGUCUGGAUCAUCAUGGAGCUGUGCACGCUCGGGGAGCUGAGGUCAUUUUUGCAAGUCCGCAAGUACAGCCUGGAUCUGGCCUCUCUGAUCCUGUAUGCCUACCAGCUCAGCACGGCUCUUGCGUAUCUAGAGAGUAAAAGAUUUGUGCACAGGGACAUUGCUGCUCGGAAUGUCUUGGUGUCCUCCACGGACUGUGUCAAGCUGGGGGACUUUGGACUGUCUCGGUACAUGGAGGACAGCACUUACUACAAAGCUUCCAAAGGAAAGUUGCCUAUUAAGUGGAUGGCUCCGGAGUCCAUCAAUUUCCGACGUUUCACCUCAGCUAGUGAUGUGUGGAUGUUUGGUGUGUGCAUGUGGGAGGUUUUAAUGCUCGGUGUGAAGCCUUUUCAAGGAGUGAAGAACAAUGAUGUGAUCGGCCGGAUUGAAAACGGGGAGCGAUUGCCAAUGCCUCCGAACUGCCCUCCCACCCUCUACAGCCUUAUGACGAAGUGCUGGGCCUAUGACCCCAGCAGGAGGCCCCGGUUCACGGAACUAAAAGCACAGCUCAGCACGAUUCUGGAGGAGGAGAAGGUUCAGCAAGAGGAGCGCAUGAGGAUGGAGUCCAGAAGACAGGUCACCGUGUCCUGGGAUUCCGGAGGCUCCGACGAAGCACCGCCCAAGCCCAGCAGACCAGGCUACCCCAGUCCGAGGUCCAGUGAAGGGUUUUACCCUAGCCCCCAGCACAUGGUGCAGAGCAAUCAUUACCAGGUAUCUGGCUACCCUGGCUCGCACGGACUCCCCGCCAUGGCCGGCAGCAUCUACCCUGGCCAGGCCACCCUGCUGGACCCGACGGACUCUUGGGACCACAGGCCUCAGGAGAUAGCCAUGUGGCCCCCCAACCUGGAGGACCCUGCGGCCCUGGAGACACGGGGGAUCGGGCAGGUGUUGCCGGCCCAUCUGAUGGAGGAACGGCUGAUCCGGCAGCAGCAGGAGAUGGAAGAAGACCAGCGCUGGCUCGAGAAGGAGGAGCGGUUCCUGAAGCCAGACGUGAGGCUCUCCCGGGGCAGCAUCGACAGGGAGGACGGAGCUCUCCAGGGCCUGACUGGAAAUCAACACAUCUAUCAGCCUGUGGGGAAACCAGAUCCUGCGGCCCCUCCAAAGAAACCGCCACGGCCUGGAGCCCCUGGCCACCUGGGCAGCCUGGCCAGCCUCAGCAGCCCUGGAGACAGCUACAACGAGGGUGUCAAGCCGUGGAGGCUUCAGCCCCAGGAGAUCAGCCCUCCGCCCACGGCCAACCUGGACCGCUCCAACGACAAGGUCUACGAGAACGUCACCGGCCUGGUGAAGGCUGUCAUCGAGAUGUCCAGUAAGAUCCAGCCGGCCCCGCCCGAGGAGUACGUGCCCAUGGUGAAGGAAGUCGGCCUGGCCCUGCGGACGUUACUGGCAACCGUGGAUGAGACCAUUCCUGUCCUGCCGGCCAGCACGCACCGGGAGAUCGAGAUGGCCCAGAAGCUGCUGAACUCUGACCUGGGGGGGCUCAUCAACAAGAUGAAGCUGGCCCAGCAGUAUGUCAUGACCAGCCUCCAACAGGAGUAUAAGAAGCAGAUGCUGACAGCCGCGCACGCCCUGGCCGUGGACGCCAAAAACCUGCUGGACGUCAUUGACCAGGCACGGCUGAAAGUGCUGGCGCAGACGAGGCCACACUGAGCCCGGCUGGGGAGCCGGCCUCCCCGGGGUGGGAGAGCGCCUCUCGAGACAUUCCCUGGCCUUCCACCAGCACGGAGGGGCCAGCCCCGUGCCCUCUGUCGCCAGCCCCUUGGCUCCAGCACUCCUGCUCCCGCGUCGGUUCUGCCACACCUGGGUCGGGCUGGUCUUUGUUUUGUUUCUUUGUUUGAAUCCUGGGUUCAGAAGAGUUGGGGAUCCCAAGUGUGGCACUUCUCUGGAGCUGAAGCCAGACCUGAGAUCAGAGGUGUUUAAAGGGAUCGGCCAAGGGCUGAGCUGUGCCUGGGCGACAGAAGGUGUCUCUCAGAAGAAGAGAGGAUGACGAGAAGAAUUCAGGGAAACCCGCCGGGCUGAGAAUUCUUUUGCCUACCAUAGAAUUAUUACCCAGACUGCAGUAUGCUACUACCACUUUACAAAGAAAGAAUAGAAAAGCUAUAUUUUGAAGACUUGAGUCAUUUCAGAAAGAAAAAAACCAACAAACAUGACUGACGGUGACGCUCCGUCCCUGCUGCCUUUCCCUCACGUGGUGUGUGAGGCCUCUGGUUGGGAACGAGCUGGGGACACAGCUCAGGAUUCCUGUCACCUGUCACCCGAGUCAGUCGUGGGCCAGUUUUUUUGUAGCAAUGCUAUUUCUCUUGGGAGCAGCAAUGCUUUGUACCAGAGCACCUCCACACUGCAUCGAGAAGCCCCAUCACCUAGCCCAUUUUCCACGUUUAUAUAAUUUAUACAGAAAGAUUAAAGCCAUGUUGACGAUUUCACAGCCACUGGAGCUAAUUUCCCCUUCAUCGUGUCCGUCUGUCUUCCCAGGAGAGGUUCGAGCAGAGCCGGGUUUGGUUUUCCUUGGCAUCCGCUGGUACCAUCGAUUCUGUUAAUCAUCAUUUGGAAAACUACACCCUCCCUUUAGUUUGACGGGGGCUAUAAAUUAUUCUCAGGAAGAAUAUGAUGAACUGUACAGUUACACUGAGCUGUUGAAAAGGUGUUGCCAGUAAAGUCCUUGCUGUCA